AUGGUUCGGGAAACCAGACAUUUAUGGGUGGGAAAUUUACCCGAAAACGUGCGCGAGGAGAAAAUCAUCGAGCACUUUAAACGCUGUCAAGGAAAUCACAGCUGCGUCCGCGCGUGCCCCCAAAACGCCAGACCGCUCAAAGCAUCCGCGUCUGCGUUUCUCCGCCCGUCCGAGGCGUCGCCACAUCAAAUGCACAACGUCAAUGCGAGCGAGCGAGCACUGAGCGUGCGUGCGAAUUGCGCGACGAUGUGCGUCGUGCUCGCCGUUGCAAUGGCGCAGGAGGAAGCUGCCUCCCUCCGCGCCUGCACGGGUUCCACUGAGCGAGCCGAGGAAGGCGGCGUGCGUGCGUGCAGAUAUGGACGUGUGGAGAGUGUCAAAGUCCUGCCUAAACGGGGUUCAGAGGGCGGAGUUGCGGCCUUUGUGGAUUUUGUGGACAUCAAAAGUGCUCAGAAAGCUCACAAUGCUGUCAACAAGAUGGGGGACAGAGACCUGCGCACUGAUUACAAUGAGCCGGGCACCAUUCCGAGUGCAGCGAGGGGGCUGGACGAUAGUCUGUCCUUAGGCUCUCGUGGCCGGGAUGUAUCAGGGUUCACACGGGUGGCGGGGGGGGGCGUGUAUGGCCCCCCCACGUCGCUCCACAGCAGAGAUGGACGCUAUGAACGGAGACUAGACGGGAUUCUUGAAGAUGGGAAAUGCAGGGGGCUAAAGAGAGAGUGGUCCAGCGACUGGGAUUCCUCUCCUAAUCUGGAGUUACAUGGCUGGCCUGGUGGAUUAUAUCACUGUUUGUCCUCCAUGUAGUCAAACAAAACAAAC